UUGAAAGAGUAUACUUCUUAGCACUUCAAAAGUAGACCUGGUGUUCGAAACAAAGUUAUUUUGGUAAGCGGGUGCUACCUAGAUUUUGGUAUUUUCGAUACGGAAUUUAUAAAUGUUUUCUACCAAUAGCUAGCUAAUUGCAAAGUGAGCAGCAAAGAUGGUGCUUCACCUUGAUAAAGAGCAUGCACUGUUGGAAUGGGUUAACCACCUGAAUGUGGACCUCCCGGUGCGGCGCAUCAAGGAUUUACAGGAUGGCGUUUUGUUGUUGAAGCUCGUCUAUAAACUUAGAAAGGAAGAGCCCGCUAAGUCCUAUUUGGACCAGCAUGUCCAGGAGAGGCUGAAAGUGGUCUCUGACUUCCUGCAAGGUGACUGUAGGUGCAGCACAGAACGGGGAGCUCUCAUCUCCUGGGACAACAUCAGCAAUGGCCUAAACCUGGAGGUGGAGUUAUCCAAGGUGCUUGUGCUCCUGUACUACCAUAGUGUGAUCAACAACCAUGUUGACCUGAACCAACUGGAAUACAAGUUUGAGGUUGAGCUUGCCUCCAUGCUCCGCUUUGUUUUGGACAAUGAGAAUAGCCUCUACUUGAGUGAGAACUUGGAGAAAUAUCUAAGGAAGAAGCCCCUGUUCAGUUUCAACAGUGACAUCUCCAGUACCUCCUCAUCCUCCUUGUUCAACGAUGAGGAGUCCCCGGUUUUCCGGCGCAGAAAGAACAUCGGUUCAGUUCAGUUUCUGGACCUCCAAACUGUUGCGUCCUCGUCUGUCAGUUCUCCCCUGCAGGAUGUGAUGAACACUCCUCAGUUCCAGCUGAAGAAGCUGCAGAGGCAGCUGCGUCAGGAGAGAGACAUGAGGGAUGAGCUGGAGAAAGACUUGACCACCAGCGCCGCCACCCUCACCCAUAGAGAGAGUCAGAUCUGUCAGUUGCAGCACCGUAUUGAGAAGCUGCUGAGGGAACAGGCUGAGCAGGAGCAGGAGCCCCGGGAUGAGCUACAAGAACUGCACAGCAAGAACGAGGGGCUGCGGACUCGUCUCCAUGAGGUGCUGAAGGAGUGCCAAGCGUUAAAGACUAACUCAUCUCAGAUGGAACGGAAGGUGGAUAACCUGACAGAGGAGAAUGGCACCCUUUCUGCCCAGAUGCGUGAAGUGAUUGCUCGGUUGGCGAGUGCUGAGGCUGAGGUGGACAGGCUGACUGAGGCCCAGGACUCUGCUCAGGGGGAGUGGAGCAGCAGACACUGCCACAUUCAGGCUGAACUCAACCAGGCCACUGCUCAGAAGGAGUGUCUGAAUGAACAGAUGCUGAUCCUGCAGAGCAAGAUCUCCUCUCUAGAGGACGAGCUGAGUAAAGCCAAAAUGCAAGAAAAAGGAGAGGUUAUGGGCCCUAUCUUGGAGUGGGAGCAGCUGAAACAGGAGCUGGCUGAUGCCACCCUCAGGCACGCAGAGUGUGAGUGCACCAUCGCCCGUCUGAAGGGGGAGAAGGAGCAGGCUACCACCCUGCAUGCCCAGGAGAGGGCCUCGCUACAGGCAGAGAGCCAGAGACUGCAGGUCCUGGUGACUGAGCUCCAGGAAGCCCUGAGUGCUCUGCGGGCUGACAGAGAGGCUCUGGAGCUGGCCUCCAAGGAGGAGAGGGAGUCCCUGACUGCCCAGCUCCACACCCUGACUGCUGAGGUGGCCAGCCUUACCCAGACUGUACAACAACGGGAGCAGGAGGUGAAGGCUCUGGGGGAGGAGGUGCAGCAGGAGUGCAUUCAGAGAGGGGAGCUGAACCUGGCUAUGGAGCGGCAGGAGAGGAAGGCCAGAGAGGAGAUCCAGGAGCUGACCAGCCACGUGGACACCAUGGGUGACUCUCUGAGGAGGGCUGAGGAGGAGGUGCAGGUCAGGGAGAAGCAGCUUACCAAGCAGCAGCAGGAGAGUGCUCUACAGAGGGAGGUCCUACAGGAGGAGAUGGCUGCAUCUGAGAAGGUGUUAAAAGAGCUGAAGGAGCAGGAGGAGGCCGUUAGAGAGGAGGCCACUCUACUGCACCAGGAGAUAACGACACAUGCUACGAACCUCUGCAGCCUGAGGCAGGAGCACACUGCUCUGCAGGAACAAUUGGCUAGGCAGCAAGAGGAGAUCUCCCUAGAAAAGGAGGCGCAGUCCGAAGCCCACAGGGAGAAGGAAGCGGUGAGGGAGGAGCUCUCUCGACUCCAGGAGGAGCUGAGGAGCCUGGGGGAACAGAUGGCCCAGCUGGAGGAGGCUCAGAGGGAGAAGGAGUUUCUCCUCCUCCAGUCCACAGAGAACAUAGAGAUCCUCCAGACAGAGAGAGCCACAGCCUCGUCCCUCGCCGAAGCCAAAGACCUGGAGCUCAGCAGCCUGAGAGAGGAGGUGCGGGCCAGGGAGGAGCAGCUAGCCAUGCAACAAGAGGAGUACCGCUUACAGCAGGAGGAGCUACGGGAGGAGCUUGCCGCUCAGGAAAAUGAAAUCAAUAACAUGAGAGAGCGGCUCGCUGGCCUGAUGGACCAGAUCUCUCUGCUGAAGGAGUUGUGUCAGGAGGGCAAAAACAUGGAGGCCCUGAGAGAAGAGCACACUGCCCAGCUGGAGCAGCUGCGGAUAGUGAAGGAGCAGGUCGAAGAGGUCCAGGAGAGGAAUGAGGAGACCUCGGCAGCUCUCAGGGAGAAGGAGUCGUCUCUCAGGGAGAAGGAGGAGAGCCUCCGGAGGCUGGAGGAGGAGCUACAGUCCACCACCUCUCUGGCCUCCCAGAGACGACAGGAAGAACUGACCUCACUCAAGGAGGAAGUCAUCUCGCAGCAGGAGGAGGUGGAGAGGAGGCGUGCCGCAGAGGCCCUGUCAGUUGAGGAGGCAAGGCAGUUGGCUAGGGAACAGGAGUCUAAACGUAUGGAACUGGAGGAGAGCGUGUCAGCCCUACAGCAGCAGCUGGACUCAGCCAUCCAGGACAAUGAUAGGAAGAGACAGAAGUGUGAGAGGCUGGAGCAGGACCUGGAGCACAGAGGAACACUGGUGGAAGAGCUGAGGCAGCAGGAGGAUAGCGCCAGACUGGAGGCCACUCGACUCCGCCAGGAGAUCUCUACACAUGUCAGCCAUCUGGAGGCCGUGCAGAGGGGGAAGGAGGAGCUAGCCAGGCAGCAGGAGGAGCUGAGAGGGGAGGUGUCCCUUCAUCAGCAGAGAGCUUCAGAGCUCCAGAAGAGCCUGGAGGUGCAGGAGGUUGCUAUGAGAGUGUUAAAGGAGCAGACUGAGAGCACCAGAGAGGAGGCCACUGUGAAGAUGGAGGCCAUACAGGCUCAGCUGGAGGUAGUGUCUUCUCUGGCUGCAGCUAAAGACCUGCAGCUCAGCACUCUGAGAGACGAGGCCACUGCCUUACAGGAGCAGCUAGGUAAGAGAGAGCAGGAGAUCUCCCUUCAGAAGGAGGUGCUGCAGGAGGCCCACAUGGAGAAGGAGUCAGUGGAAGUACUGAGAGAGGAGCUGGCCAGGCAACAGGAGGAGCUGAGAGAGGAGUUAAUCCGCCAGCAGCAGCGAGCUCAGUCCUUAGAACAGAGCCUGGAGGAGCAGCAGGAGGCCCUGAAAGAGCUGACCGUAAAGGAGGAGCGAGCCAGAGAGGAGGCCACUCUGAAGAUGGUGGCCCUCCAAGCAGCUAAGGACUUGGAGCUCAGCACCCUGAGACAGGAGGCUACACAACUCCGCCAGGAGAUCUCCACACAUGUCAGCCGUCUGGAGGAGGUGCAGAGGGGGAAGGAGGAGCAGGAGGGAAACGCAAGAGAGGAGGCCACUGUGAAGAUGGAGGCCCUACAGGCUCAGCUGGAGGUAGUGUUGUCUCUGGCUGCAGCUAAAGACCUGCAGCUCAGCACUCUGAGAGACGAGGCCUCUCUACUCUGCCAGGAGAACGCCAAACGGGCAGCUGAUCUAAAGGACGUGCAGUCAGAGAAGAUUCGGAUGGAGAGCCUGUUGAGCGAGGAGCACAGAGCCUUACAGGCGGAGCUGGCCAAGGAGCAGGAGGAGCUGAGGGGAGAGGUGUCCCUCCACCAGCAGAGAGCUGCAGAGCUCCAGCAGAGCCUGGAGGAGAAGCAGGAGGCCCUUAGAGAGCUGAAGGAGCAGCUUGUCCAGCAGCAGGAGGACAGCUCCCUACAGAAGGUCUUGCAGGAGGCCCAGGCUGCAGCUCUCCAGGAGGAGGCGGUAGACGCUCUGAGGGGGGAGAUGACCCUCCACCAGCAGAGAGCUGCAGAGCUCCAGCAGAGCCUGGAGCACCAGGAGGCUACCCUGAGGGAGCAGGAGGCGAAGAGCACAGAGGAUGCCACUCUGAAGAUGGAGGCCCUCCAAGCAGCUAAAGACCUGCAGCUCAGCACUCUGACAGAGAAGGCCACUACCUUACAGCAGCAGCUAGCUAAGAGGGAGCAGGAGAUCUCCCUUCAGAAGGAGGUGCUGCAGGAGGCCCACAUAGAGAAGGAGUCAGUGGAGGCACUUAGAGAGGAGCUGGCCAGGCAACAGGAGGAGUUAAUCCACCAGCAGCAGAGAGCUCAGUCCUUAGAACAGAGCCUGGAGGAGCAGCAGGAGGCCCUGAAAGAGCUGACCGUGAAGGAGGAGAGAGCCAGAGAGGAGGCCACUCUGAAGAUGGUGGCCCUCCAAGCAGCUAAGGACUUGGAGCUCAGCACCCUGAGACAGGAGGCUACACAACUCCGCCAGGAGAUCUCCACACAUGUCAGCCGUCUGGAGGAGGUGCAGAGGGGGAAGGAGAAGCAGGAGGGAAACGCAAGAGAGGAGACGACUGUGAAGAUGGAGGCCCUACAGGCUCAGCUGGCGGUAGUGUCUUCUCUGGCUACAGCUAAAGACCUGCAGCUCAGCACUCUGAGAGACGAGGCCACUGCCUUACAGGAGCAGCUAGGUAAGAGAGAGCAGGAGAUCUCCCUUCAGAAGGAGGUGCUGCAGGAGGCCCACAUGGAGAAGGAGUCAGUGGAAGUACUGAGAGAGGAGCUGGCCAGGCAACAGGAGGAGCUGAGAGAGGAGUUAAUCCGCCAGCAGCAGCGAGCUCAGUCCUUAGAACAGAGCCUGGAGGAGCAGCAGGAGGCCCUGAAAGAGCUGACCGUAAAGGAGGAGCGAGCCAGAGAGGAGGCCACUCUGAAGAUGGUGGCCCUCCAAGCAGCUAAGGACUUGGAGCUCAGCACCCUGAGACAGGAGGCUACACAACUCCGCCAGGAGAUCUCCACACAUGUCAGCCGUCUGGAGGAGGUGCAGAGCGAGGGCCCCCUGAGAGAGGAGCACACUGCCUUACAGGUGCAGCUGGCCAAGCAGCAGGAGGAAAACUCCCUACAGAAGGGACUGCUGCAGGAGGUGCAGGCCACAGUCCUCCAAGAGAGGGAGGCCAAGGAGAUACUGAGAGGGGAGGUGUCCCUCCACCAGCAGAGCCUGGAGCGCCAGGAGGCUGUCCUGAGGGAGGAUCUAGCCAGGCAGAAGGAGGAAGGGCAGGCAGCAGGCCAGGUGCAGAAGGAGUUGAUGGAGCAGUUCUCUGUGCUCCAGCAAGAGAAGGAGGCUCUGUUAACCCGGGCCUUCCAGGCAGAGCAGAACCAGAGCGCGCUGGAAAGGAGCAUGGCUGAGCUGCGAGCCCAGGCAAAGAGCACAGAAAGUGGCCAGAGACAACAGCUGGAUGCCCUGCUCCUGGAGAAGGAGAGGCUGACUGAGGGUAACCAGGUCCUGGAGAUGAAAAGUAGCGCAGCCCAGAGGCUGGAGGCUGUACUGCAGGAGGAACUGGCCUUGCUGAGAGAACAGAUGGAGGGAACAGAGUGGGAGAAGCAGGUCAGAGAUCUACGGGAACAACUUGCUGCCAACACUGAGGUAGUGGAACACUACAAAACACAGGUUGAGAAGGCCAAGAGCCACUACUCGGGGAAGAAGCAGCAGCUUGUGGAGUCUCAGGAGCAGGUGACUGAGCUGCAGCGCAGCCUAGAGGUCAGAGAGCAUGAGGUCAACGCUGUUACCACAGAGCUGAAGCUGCUGCAGAAGGAGCUGAAGAAGGCCAGGAGCAAAGAGAAGAGCCUCGGCUCCAAGAUCAACACUCUGGAAGCACAGCUUGCGUUUGCUGAUCGUCACCUUCGGGAGCAGAGCCAGGUUCGACCUGAGAGGGGACCAGGCAGGAUUGAGAAGAUGAGAGGGGGUAGAGAGAGUGUCUUCCUGAAAGUAACCCAGAGCCAGACUCACCAGGAGAUCAGUGGGGACAGCCUGGACCUGAGCCUGGACGACUCCCUCAACACUACCACGAGGCCAAUGGAGCCUGACGAGUCCAGUACUCCCCUGGUGCGUAGCUCGGAGCGCGUAGCUGCUAAACGUCGUGCUCUGGGAGGGGACUCACUGGAGACCCUCUACUUCACCCCCAUGAAUAACCGUCAGAUCAACCGGACCAGUACUGAGCGCCGGCUGGAGAGCAGCAUCACAUCCCUGGGAGAGCUGGCUCUGGACUCAGCCAGGAAGAGACCACCCACCUCCUCAGCUAGACGCCGAAGGACCACCCAGGUCAUCAACAUCACCAUGAGCAAGACGACCCCUGGUCGCAGAGGAGCAGGAGAGGAUAGUGACAACGAGACGUUCUACAGCCUGGCCUCCGUCCACUCCCAUCCCAACAUCACCAGAAGAACACACACUGCACGACCUGUCUCCAUGGAGAUCUUCCACACACCCGGAAAACCUGCCGUUGCCUUGAGCGAUCAGCUCCUCAGUCUCCCUGGUUACCGUCGAAGCACCAUCCACGUUGCAGCUCCACAGAGUACGGGCCAGUUCUGUGUAGGGGCAGAGAAUGAGCCUGACCAUGCUGCUGAUGACUGGCUACGCAUCGCUGAGCUGCAGGCCAGAAACCAGUCCUGUCUGCCUCACCUAAAGAGCAGCUAUCCUCUGGAGUCCAGGCCCAGCCUGGGACCGUCCUUUGAGUUCACCGACGAUGACCUGCGCAUGGGCGACCCCACGGAGACCAUCCGUAGAGCCUCUGUGAUGCCCGGACAGAUUCAGGAGUCUCUGUCAUCCCACCGGCUCUCACUCCACCCGGGACCGGCCGACAGCACCACGGCCACCAGGCCAGCCUACGGCUCUCACCGCCUCUCACUGAUGCCCCCCAAACCUAAAGCCAGCAGCACCCUGAACCACCAGAACACGCACAACCUCAGGGGGAGCAACCUGUCACUCAAACGCUCAGCCAAAGACCAGGAACCAGACACACCUGAGGCUAAGAGGAUGGCAACCAGCUGUUUCCCGCGCCCUCUUACCCCUAAAGGAGGUCGUUUUGGCUCAUCCAACAACCGCCAGCCUCUUAGCCCUGCUGAGCGGAGACAGUCCAUGGUGUUCUCCAUUGACAACACGCCUCGUAAGGCAGCUUCCAAGAGCGGCUUCCUACAGAGAGGCAUGAAUAAGAUUCGCAGCUCCACCCGUAAAUCCCCAGGGAACAAAAGCUCCCGUGUCCCGCAAUCCGGAGAUGGGAAGUCUCCCCGCAGUGGAGCCGGGAUUGUGAAGUCCCCUCAGCCGGGAGGGAAGGC